AUGGUGACGGACAAUCACAGCCCCUGGCUUGUCGCUCGAGAUCGAGAAUCUCGAAACUCUGUGGGCGCGAUCAAUAGUAGGUUUAACUUGCAAAGCUUCAGCACCAAAAACUUCCCACAAGGCGGAAGGCGCUACUCUACUCCCAUUGGUUCGACUGCAUGUCGAUCAGGGAUUGUACGCAAUGGCGGGGAGGAGUCCGCAUCAGUCCCGGUGGCCGCGCCGUCCAACCGCCGUCAACUCGCUGUAGACAAACCCGGACGUGUCACCCAUACUGAUGCUGGAAUUUUUGAGCGGCUGGCACAAUGCACAGAUUACCAGCUGUUGCAGCUGAUGAACCUCUACCGGGAGAGACUGAAACCUGCGAUUGAGGACGGGGUCGAAGAAUUGGUCCUCCUGUCGAGAAUGGACGGACAUUUCAGUGAACGGGAGCGCAAGCAAGUUAUUGAGCUUACAGAGAAAGGGUGCCAGACAGAGAGUUCCAGACUCUUGCUCAGUCUGGUGAUCGAGAAAGGAGCCCAAGCCCGAAAAGCAACAUGGGAAUACUUUGCGGAAAUGAGGAAUGAGUUGCCAAAAUUGGACAAGAUCCUGAAAGAAAUCCAGGAAUUCGAUGUUCAACAGAAACACAAGGAGACUCUACGGUCAGAGACUGAGACUUUGAGAGUGAACACGAUCCUGAAGAGGGAGAAGGUGAAGGUUGAACAAUACACUGAGCUCACGAUUAUUUCCAUUCUUCGAGAUCGGAGAUUGGUGGAACGUGAGCUGCUGGCCAAAGGCCGGGAGCAUGAACGAUGGAGAAAGAGGCAUCUCGGUGGAGAGCUGGAAAAAAUCCGAACUGAUCAAUUGUUCCAGAGCAGCUUUACCCGAAGUAAAUCCCAGUCUGGGAAUUCAGCAGCAGUGGUUGGAGUUGCUGGAAUAGGAAAAACAACAAUGGUGCAAAAGAUUGUCAAUGACUGGGCAACUGGGAAGAUAUACCAACAAUUCCAAUUUGUCUUCAGUUUCAAAUUCCGGGAUUUAAACUUAAUUAAAUGCAGAAUAACCUUGAAAGAACUUAUUCUGAAUCAGUAUCCUUAUUUUGGGAAUAACCUCACCGUGUACAGUUUAAUCCAGGGCAAGCUGCUCCCAGGGUGUUCAGUGCUGGUGACCACCCGCCCCACUGCGUUACAUUUAUUGGAAAAGGCGGAGAUCUGUGUCAGGGCUGAAAUCCUGGGAUUUGUUGGUGAGGAACGGAAGGAAUAUUUCAUCAGGCAUUUUGAAGAUCAGACAGUGGCAGCAGCUGUUUUCAAAUACGUGCAGGAGAAUGAGAUCCUGUACACCAUGAGCUACAAUCCCUCCUACUGCUGGAUCCUUGCUCUGGCACUGGGCCCCUUCUUCACCCAAAGAGUCAGGGACCCACAGCGAGUUCCCAAGACCGUCACCCAAUUCUACUCCUGCUAUAUCUACAACAUCCUGAAAAACAACGGCAGUGAGAUUGAAAGUCCCCGUGAUGUCUUUUUGAGCCUGGGUCAGAUGGCCUUCAGGGGAGUAUCUGAGAAGAAGGUUGUGUUUACGGAUGGAGAUUUGAUCAGCUACAAUGUACAGCCUUCCCAGUUCCUGUCUGGGUUCCUGAUGGAGCUUUUGGAGAGAGAGGAUUCCACCUGGAGCGUAGUGUACACAUUCCCACACGUCACCUUCCAAGAGUUUGUAGCCGCACUCGCACAAUUCCUGAAUCCACAUCCUGCAGAUAUCCUUAAAUCCCUCAAUGAAGCUCACGGUGAAGAUGAUGGACGAUUUGAGGUACUGGGGAACAAUGAACUGGGAGAUUCCGGAGUGAAGCUGGUGUCUGCGGCUCUGAAGAACCCGGAGUGUAAAAUACAGAAACUGGGGUUGGACCAAGUCCAUCUCACAGAUUCUGGUGCUGAGGAUCUCUCCUCCGCUCUCAGUGCCAACCGAUCACUGACGGAGCUGGAUCUGAGUUACAAUAAUGCCCUGGGAGAUUCGGGGGUGAGAGUGGUGACUGCAGCUUUGGGGAACCCAGAGUGCAAAAUACAGAAACUGGGGUAA